GCCCUUGCUGGAUGCUUGAUUCGUGUUCAGUAUUACAGAUAUGGCAUUCCGAUAUAAUGUUUCAACAGGCAAACUAGUGGUUCUCAGACCCCUCAGUCGUAGGUAGCGAGAAGCGAGGACUCUAACCAAUGGAGUGAAGGGGGCUUGGCUAACCUUAGCCUCCCAUUUUAUUUCUCCCCCCUCGAAGUAGGGUUCUGACCAGCCAGUCUCCUUUGAUUAUCAGUUGCCAGCAGCCCCUCUCUUGGCUCAUUGACAUGAACACCAUAUAAGGCGCAGCGAUCUCCAUAGAAACGUGUCAGUUUUAAUAGCAGUGUCAAAGUUCACUAUAAACCGACAUUUGAGCAGAUCUCCGUUUCGGAAACAUAGAUUCAUUGGUACUCCAGUUAAAGCGCAUUCUUUUUGGGUCUCUGCUUCUUAUUAUAUUUCAUAAGAUGUUUUUCUGCUGUGUUCUCACUGGAGAGGUGAAACUACAUAUUCACUCGGGCGACGCUGUAUUUAUUUUUUUAUUUUGCAGGACCAGAUGAGCUUUAUUCGUGGACAUUGAUAGAGAAAUUCGUUCUUCGGUGUUUACCCUUUUCCAGUUGCGAAGACGGAGAGAGUAGCAAGGAAGAUAAAGGAGGGGGGGUUUAUUUUGCACAACACUUAGGAUCUUCGGUCCACCAAAAAGCUAUGAUUUUUGCUUCAGCACCAAUUUGGUUUUAUUGCGGCAUUUUUAAGAAAAGUGUUUUACGUGUGGGCUCGCUUCCCGAAUGGCUGGCUGCAAUUUACCUUGGAACUGGCCUCCAGACAAUUGCAUAUCCUGAUUUGGUGCCAUUCUGUCGACUCUUGUAUUUUAAACGUAUUGAUUGUUUUCUGCAACUUUUUCUUCUAUGAGAUUUAGUGGUUCGAUUUGAAUUCGCGCUGCCGUUCGCCCAAGACUUCCAUUUUCCCUUCUCCGAUAUCCGAGCGACCAGUUCGCUUGAAAGCACUUUUCGGGCCCGAGAUAUGGCAAUGGUAGUUAGCGUUUGGCGAGAUUCGCAGGAAGACGUGGCCGGAGGACCUCCGAGCGGCCCCAGUCCAGCAGCUCAGCCGGCGAGGGAGCAACAGCAGGCGGCUUCAGCAGCACCACACACACCGCAGACCCCUAGUCAACCAGGACCCCCGUCCACACCGGGAACGGCUGGUGAGAAGGGUAGUCAGAAUUCUGGACAGAGUCAGCAGCAUAUAGAAUGUGUUGUUUGCGGGGAUAAAUCGAGUGGCAAGCACUAUGGACAAUUCACCUGCGAAGGAUGCAAAAGUUUUUUCAAAAGGAGUGUCCGAAGGAAUUUAACAUAUACAUGUCGUGCCAACAGAAACUGUCCUAUUGACCAGCACCAUCGUAAUCAAUGCCAGUAUUGUCGGCUUAAAAAGUGUUUAAAAGUGGGCAUGCGACGGGAAGCGGUUCAGCGAGGAAGAAUGCCUCCAACUCAACCGAACCCGGGCCAGUAUGCGCUAACGAAUGGGGAUCCUCUGAACGGUCAUUGCUAUCUCUCCGGAUACAUCUCGUUACUACUUCGGGCCGAGCCUUAUCCUACGUCUCGCUAUGGCAGCCAGUGCAUGCAGCCGAAUAAUAUUAUGGGGAUCGAAAACAUAUGUGAGCUUGCAGCUCGCCUCCUCUUCAGUGCUGUAGAAUGGGCGAGGAACAUCCCUUUCUUUCCCGACUUGCAGAUAACCGACCAGGUUUCCCUGCUAAGACUGACAUGGAGCGAGCUAUUUGUGUUAAACGCGGCACAAUGUUCAAUGCCCCUACAUGUGGCCCCAUUGCUCGCCGCUGCCGGCCUGCAUGCUUCGCAUAUGUCGGCCGACCGCGUCGUGGCCUUCAUGGAUCACAUUCGUAUCUUCCAAGAACAGGUCGAGAAGCUAAAAGCUCUGCACGUCGAUUCUGCAGAAUACAGCUGCAUUAAGGCAAUAGUCCUCUUCACAUCAGAUGCUUGUGGGCUGUCAGAUGCUGCACACAUUGAGAGCCUACAGGAGAAGUCUCAGUGCGCCCUGGAGGAGUACGUUAGGAGCCAGUACCCGAACCAGCCCAGUCGCUUUGGCAAGCUUUUACUGCGGCUGCCUGCUCUUCGCACUGUAUCUUCUUCUGUAAUUGAACAGCUGUUCUUCGUUCGCUUGGUAGGUAAAACUCCCAUUGAAACCCUCAUCAGGGAUAUGUUAUUAUCCGGGAGCAGCUUCAACUGGCCCUACAUGUCCAUUCAAUGAACCGAAUAAGCAAAUGAAACAAAAAGACUAAAGGACCAAAAUUCUGCAACCUCCUUCAAGAAGACUAUAUAUAGGACCUUAUUUCUGACCACUCAGGAAGACACUUUUUUGUCUUCUGGGACCGAAAUGGAAUAUGUAAUGUACAGAGAUAAAAGAACUGGACUUACUCCUGUGUAAACACUCUCCACUUUAUUAUAAAUACAAAAUAAACAUAUGCGCAUUAUAUGAAGAAGACGUAGCGGGAAAGAAAUUUUCAAGCAAUUAUAAGAAAUGUCAAGUUGUCUGUGUAUCUCUGCUUUGUAUUUUUCUGGUUCUAAACCAUUUUUUAUUUUACACUAGUGAUUUUUGUAUAUAACCGUUUGCUUAUUUUAAUGAGUGCGAUAUUUUUGAAGCUAGAAUAAAAAAAGAAACCCAGACAAUAAGUCACAGUCUAAUAGCAAUGGCAAUAUCAUUGAUGGUUGAGCCUUCGCCCACUUGAUAUUAUGGACAUGAAACAUAUGGACAGUUUAAAGAAAUGCCAAAUGGUGAAACAUUUUCUUACUCGUGUCUAUGCACGAGCUUAUGUGUUAAGUAAUUCUGAAAAACAUGAUUUAAAAAAACAUGUAAAAUCAAAAGCACUUUUAAUAUAUCACUUCAAAUACAUUUGGUUUGUUUCUCAUUCUUCAUUUUAUUGGAUGUUUACUUUAAUUGUUGCUAAAUCCAUAAUAUGCCUCCUCAAACAGGUCGCGUUAAGUUGUUGACAGUGACUCUGCUAUUAAAAAGGAAAUAUGCAACUGUUCUGCUCUCAGGAAAUGUAAUGUUGUUUAUGCUGUAAGAUUUCGUGUCUUUGGGAUGUGGUGUACAUGGAUUUAGUGGUGCAAAUGCAAAUAUUUUGUUUAUAUUUGGUAAAGAGUGCCAACAAAAUACAUAGGUUGGUAGAAUUAAAACGUUAUUCUGUGUUGACCCCAGCACCCUUGUUUAAAUGAAAUUAUAGGAACUUAAGGGGAAAUUUUUGAAAUACUGUAAAACGCCUUUAUUAAUACAAUACCAUCUGAGCGGCAUGAGAAUUAAAACUAUGUGCUGCAUUCUACUUAGACAGGAAUAAUUAUGGUGCAGCCAAAAAUUAUUUGCCAGGACUAAGGGAAAUUCUUGCUGCUUAUACUUGCGCGAUUGCCCUUCAUAUGCAAGAAAAUAAAUUUCAGCCGUUGUGUGUUAAAUAAAACGCUUUGCUCGUGUCCUAAUUAUCCGCGAUUCAUAUAUAAAAAUGAAUAUAUAUACACACACACACAUAUACAUAUACAUAUACAUAUAUAUAUAUAUAUAUAUAUAUAAAUAUAUAUGCCUAUAUAUAUAGCAUAUGUAUGAUAUUUAUUUACGUUCGUGAAGGGAAAUAAUGCGUAUUGUAGCAUUAAUUACAUUACACAUUUUUUGUUGAAUUAAUUUAGGGGUUUUAAGCUUUUUGGUGAUUAACGUAUAUAUGCAUAUGUUGUUGUUUUUGUUUGCUUUGCCUUACUGUCAUUUUUCCGAGUGUGACAAGAAUUUCAAUCAGGAAAAGUUUAGCAAGCAAAUAUCCUAAACUUCUGUGCUGGUUAAAGAAGGGUGAAAUUAGAUUUUUUUUUAAAGAAAAUGUCAUUUAUAUAAAGCAAUAGUUGCUAAGGACCAAAUAAAUUUGUGGUAUGUGUAACUAAUUAACAAAAGAAAUGUAAGCUAUCAAUAAAAAAAUGAACAAUAUGCAGCAAGAAAAAAGCUCUUGUGGUCCAGGUCUGAAGUACGUACGUAAUCAUGUGAUCUUAUAUACUGUAGGCUUAUUCAUGCACGACUGAAUGUAGCCUAAAUUUAAUUGUUUUCUAAUAUAUACAU